AUGAACUUCAUACAAAUUGAAUAAUUAUAUGACCUUUCAAGGCCAAAUGAUCAGGAUGAUUUUUAAAUAGGACUCAAUAAAUUAGAUCCAUAAUUAGAUUAGGUAGCUAUCAAAAAGAUGAAAUAUAAAAAAGACUUUUAGUAGAUUUUAGCAAAAAUUCCAUUAAUAGUUGAUAGCAGUAAAAGAUGUGGUUUGGUCCCUCCAUUAGGAUACUAUAAAAACCCGAAUUCUAAUCAGAAAGAAUUAUUUUUAAUAUAUAAAAAGUAUUCAGGAAGCUAUGCUGAAUUGAAAGCUAAAAAGAUUAAAGAAGAGAAGUUUUUUACCAAAGAUGAAAUAUAAAGUGUUAUAAAUUGUGUUCUACUAAGUCUCAGAAACUUGCAUAAAAAGGCUUUAUAUCACUCAAACAUUAAGUUAACUAACAUAUUUUAUUUAGAGGGUUCUCAGCAAGUAUAUUUAAGCGAGGCUGGGUAUCUUUCAUAAAAAGAAAAACAUAAAGAGUGGUUUUUAACACCAGAAGAAAUACCUGACCAUGAGUAUUUCACAGAAGAUCCUGAAGAUUUAGAUUACUAACAAAUGGAUAGUUUUCAAUUUGGCAUGAUUUUAGUAGAACUGGUCUCUCUAAAAGCCAGAAAGGACUUGGAGUGUCUCAAAUAUGACUAUGGAGAGAUGGGGAAAAAAAGAGAAGAACUUCUUAAAGAGAUAUCUGCCAUUAUAUCUGAUGAACUAUUUAAUAUUAUUUAAGAACUGUUAGUUGUAUAGCCAAUCAAAAGAAAAAAAAUAUUGCAAUUUGAUGAAGAUUUCUAUUUAAAAGCUAAAAACAUCGAAUCUGGAAGAGAAAUAGGGACAUUACCUAGAAUUACUAAUGCAGAUAUAGGAGAAUAUGAAUCUAAAUAAGAAAUAAAUGAAGAGAAGAAACAACAAUAAAAUAAUCAAGAAUAAAAAUAAUCAGAUAUUAAGAGCUUAUAAGAUUUAGAGGAUAUAGCAGAAAAUAAAUAAUUAAGUUAAAAGAAAGAAGAGAAAAAAAUAUAACCUAAUAUUUAACAGCAAAAUAUAGAAUAAAUAUAGCAAAUUAAUAGUGUAUCUUCAUAAAAUUAAAAGUAAGAUAAUUUUACUGAUGAUAACUUUAAGAAAAUAACUAAACCAAGUAUUAAAUUACUUGAGUCUCAAACUCUUUAAGAAGAGAAUUUAGAUGAAGAACCUAUUAAUCACUAAGUUUAAGCACCUAAUCCAUAAGGAAAUAUUAAAUUAGUAGAUAGUGAGAGAAUAGGAUAGGCACAACAAUCAAUAUAAUCUUCUUAAAAUAAACAAUAAGAUUAAAACUAAGAUAUCAGAAAUUAAGAAAAACCAAAAUAAAAUUUAUUAGAAUCUGAAAUUAUUUAAACAAAUUCAUGGUAAAACAGCAAUAAAAUGUAGCAUUCUAAUAAAUAAAAUAAUUUGCAAUCAAUUUAAGGUUUUUCUAAUUAAAAUUAUAUGCAAAUUGAAAAUACAUUUUAGAAUUAAUUUUAAGUUUAGCAAUCUGCAAAUAACAAUGAAUAAAACCCGUUUGACGUGCCAGACAGUGAUGAAGAAUAAAACUAAAAUAAUUAAAUAUUUCAAAACAAAGGCAGCAAUAAAAAAAUUUAAGGUGUUAGAUUUUCUUAAAGUUCAAGUAAUUAAGGAAGCUAAGUUCAAUUAGUUACACAGCCAUAAGAAAUUAGCAAUGCUUUUUAAAACUAUUAAUAAAGCUAGCAAGAUUAAAUUUUCAAAGAAUAAUUAUAACAAUAAACCUAUUAAUAGUAGUUAAAUUUUACUAAUGGUUACUCUCCAAGUAAACAAAACAAUAUAUUUUCAUAAGAAGAGUUAUCCCAAAUUAUUAAAAUUAUUUAAAAAUGUAUUGAUCUUAAGUAGAUAGAUAUUUUAGAUGUAUUUGUUUAUUAUGAUUAGGAUUAUGACUAUACCUUAUCAGAUCCUGAAACUCUAAAUAAAAUACUCACUAUUAUUGGAUUACUAAACAAUCAAAUUACUGAAUAGCAAUCUUUAAUGCUAUAUGAAAAUUACAGCUAUUCUCCUUAAAAAAUGCAAUUUUUAGGAUUGCUUCAAUAAUUGGUUUCACCUAAAUAGCUUUUUGUUAGUUUGUUAAUUAAUCUCCUUAAAAUUAAUAGAUGGUCUAUUUUGCAGCUUUUUGAAAGAUAUUAAAAUUAAAACAGUAAUUGUUGGGGAUUGUAAGAAUUAAUUCAAAUAAACUAUGAAAAUUAGUUUAAUUUUGAUGAAAUUACUUUAAAUAAUAUCAUGAAAGAGUUCCUAGAAUAUGUAGAUUCUUAAGAUUAAACUUUAAAUGCAAAAGAGCUAGCUUAGAUUAUUGGGUUUAGAAUCUAAACUCCAAAUGAAAUGAUUGUUAGAUCUAUAAAUUAAAGGAUGCACAGUUAAAUUAAAAGAUUAACUGAGAUUUAACUUUAAGAUCUAAUACAGAAGCAAAGAGAGUAAGAACUUGAAAGAUAGCUUGAAAUAGAAAGAUAAAAAAGAGAGAAAAUUCUAUAGCAAAUGCAGGAAAGACAAGAAAAAGAGCUAAAUUAUAAAAAAUAGUAAGAACUUUUAUUAAAAUAAGAAUAAGAAUAUGAAUAAAGUAAAAGAUUCUUACCUUCAAUCUCUAUGAAUUAAAUAGAAAAAGUUUAGGUUAAUAAAUAAAUGUUUUGGAAGACUUUAGGACAAGCAGUUGCACAAUAAAGUUUUGACCCUAUUAUGUCUAGGAGAUAAGAUAAUAUUAUUUAUGCUAAAGACUUUUAUAGAGCACUUGUAGAGGAUUAUGAAUUCACAGAUUGUUUAGAAUUAAGAGAGUUUGUUGAUAGUUUAUCACCAAACAGGAAAAUAAACAUUUCUAAAAUAAGAGAAAAACUAAAAUUAACUCCAGAUAUGUUAAUUCCUGACACAAAAGACGAUGACUUAGUUCUACCUGAUAGUAUGAUAAAUGAUAUCAAAGAACUCUUUUAACUUGCUGAUCGAGAUGGAAGUGGUUCAAUUGAGAAAUAUGAAAUAGAAAAUUUGCUUAAGUGGUUAGGCAUAAAUGCAAAGGAUGAAGAGCUUGAUCAGUUCUUUAAAAAAUAUGAUAAGGAUGGAGACAAAACAAUAUCUUAUAAGGAAUUUUAGAUUAUAAUGACACAAUAGAUAUAUAAUAAUAUGCUAAACGUUUCAGAUAUAAUUGAUGACAUCAAAACUUUAUUUAAGAGGGUAGACAUUAACAACACAAAUACGUUAAGCAAAGAUUAAUUAAGUCAUGUAUUGGCUUCACUUGGUAUUAUUCUCAGUGAAGAAGAAGUUUAGUCUAUUUUUAAUGAAAUCGAUCAAGAUAAAAGUGGAGGAGUUCAAUUAAAUGAAUUUAUUAGUUUUAUUAAGAGAGACCUUAAAAAAAUUUAAGGUUUGCAAGCUUGUACCAUAAUAAAGAUUAGAUCAUGCACAAAGCCCACCAUCCAUGAACUUUCAAACUUAUUUAUAAACUUCCCUCAAAAUUAUAUAUUCAGUUUUUUGUACUAAAAAAUAAAAAAUGGAUACAAUCUUCCUUCGUUAGGAAUCAAACCUAAAAUACAUGGUACUACUGGAACAAUUAAAGAUUUGUUUUUGAUCAGUGAUUCGAACGUUAAAAAUACUCUUCUGAAAGGAAAGAAAUAACCAAAUGAAAUAUUAGCCGAAAUAACUUUAUCAUAAGCAAUGUGCUUACCAUUUCCUAAAGACAAAUAAUAAAUUGAAAACAUUAAAUUUAUGGAAGUUGUGGUUUGCAUGUUUGAUAGACAAAGAAAGAAAUUUGUAGGUAAUUGCUGCAGGAUGGAAGCUUAAUAUUAAGAAUCAAAGGUUUAAGGCAAUUGUUGGAAUUUUAAAAAUGAUGAUGAGCAAAAUUCAUUUCUGGUAAGAUAUACAAACUAUAAUGAAAAAAGAGAUUCUGAGUUAGUAAUUUGCUUUGAAUUUGUCUUGCACUACUAAUUAGAAAAUAAAAUGGUUACAAUCUCGAUAGGUUUCACUGAAAUCAAUCUUUCUGAUUUAAAGGAGACAGGAAAAAAAUUAAUUUUAAUUAAUGGAGGAGAUCCAUUUAAGUAAAUAAAUAUUGAUUGGCUUUACUUAUUUCCUCCAGAUUAGAUGUAAAGCAUCAAAACCUUAUCAGAUAUCAGAGCUGAACCAUGCCUUAAAUUGUUUGUAUCAACAAAGAUCCAUGAUGAAGAUAUAACUUUGAUUUUACCUGGAAUUUUAUUAAUGAACAGAAAAUUCCUUCAUUUAUUUAAAGCUUUUAGAGAGUACUUAGCUGAAAAUUUCUCAACUUAGUUUUUAGAUCCUAUUACUUUAAAGGAGGAUUUAAAAGUAAAAUCUUUCUUGGCUGUGCUUAAUUGUCCUGAUACAGAAAAAUAGAUUGCUGAAAUAUGGGACAAAUACUUUCUGCCAAAUAUUGCAAAUGACGUAAAAAAAGAAGUUUAAUUUAUGAGUUAGUUGUUACAUUCUUUGUCUGGAUUGAUUUCAAAUAAAUAAUUUGGAUUUAGACCAAACGACCCGACAAAAUGCUCUUUUAAUGAUCCUGAAUUACAAAUAAUGAGAAAGAGCUUGUUUGAUUAUUAUAUUAAUGACCUCUUAUAAAGACUAUAGUUAAAGGAGAAAGAAUCAAUAAAAUUCCCAGUUGGAAAAAGAGGAGGUGAAUUUGAGCCUCCUGAUGAUUUAGAAGAUGAAGAUGACUAAUUAUUAGAUAAUGAUGAUUUAGUAAGGGCAAAAACAAUUAAUUUACAAUAAAAAAAGCCAAAGCAAGAGGAUGAAGAGAUGGAAGAAUAUAAAGAAAGCAUAACAGGAGAAGACUAUUUAUUUUUAUUCACCACAGAAGAUAUUAAUUAGCAGGUAUUCUAACAAGUAAGCUAAACAAGGAUCCUUUUAAUUGAUUUUCGAGAGUAAAUUUCAAGAGGAAAAUACAGUUUAGCUGAGAUUGAGUAAAUAGCCAAAGCGAUGAAACUAAACAGGCAUCUAAAAAGCUUGUAUUUAAAGCUAUCUCUUUCUUCUUACGAUGAUGAAGUAGAAAAAAUUAAAAUAGCUCCUCUUUUAACAACUCUUUCUACAACAGAAGUUCGUCUGAAAUCUUUAUAUUUGCACUUGGACUAUAACGAUCUAUCAGUAGAUAAUGCUUGCUAUAAGUUAAUUGCUUUUCUCAGAUCUCAAAGCUCCUGCCUAUAAAACCUAAAUCUCAAUUUAGAAAAUACAAAUAUGAGCUAUGAUAUGGGUAAAGAUUUUGCAACAUGUCUUUCUUUUUUAACUUUACUAUAAAAUUUGAACCUGAAUGUUUCAUUAAAUCCUCUUGGACCUAAUUUUGUUGAGCGCUUAGCUAGUUCUUUAAAAUACCUAACAAAUCUAACAUGCCUUAAGCUCGAUUUAGAAAAAAUAGAAAUGAAGGAAUUUUGCUUGAGCUGCUAUUGCGGGUACUAUUUAAGAGUUUGUUUAUAGUUUUUACCUCUAAUUGGCUCGUGCUGCAUGUGGAUGAUAAAUUUUUAUACAGCUCUUGAGCAUGUAGCUGAUGCUAUUUCGUGUAUGGAUAAGCUUUAAUAUCUUAAUUUAAAUGUGGCAUAAAAUAGCUUAGGCGAUCGUCUUAUGCGUCAUUUUGAAUACAAAUUUGGUAAGGCUCUUUAUACAAGACCAAACCUUACAACUUUAAUUCUUAAUUUUAAGAGGAAUAGACUAGUCAAAAAAACAAUAAAAUCUAUUUCUACCCUAGGUAUUUCAUCUUUUAAAGUAGAUUUAAGAUAUAAUUAUAUUGCAGAAGAAGGUCUUUCAAAAAUAGCUCCAUCACUCUAUAGCUUGAGAAACAUUAAAAAUUUAUCGAUUACAAUGGAAGGUAACAAGAAUAAAGAAUUGAUUAAUUAAUAGUCUUCAAGUAAGGUAUCAACUGAAAAUAAUAAAUAAAGUUAGAUAAGGAGUGGACCUAAUUCUUAAUUGAAUUCUUUAUAAAAUAGUAAAGUAGACCCAAAUAAUAAUAAUAGCAAUUUCAUGGGUCAAAGUAAUAUGAAAAACUCUUAAAUGGAAAUAUUGAAUGAUACUAUAGACUACAAAAGCCAAAAAUAUUAUGAAAAUAAAAUUCUGAAAUCUAUUGCUAGCAUGCCUUAAAUAGAGAACAUCGAAAUAUCAGGGUUGGGUGGAAUAAAUGGAAGAUCAAACUAAAAUAGUAUAAUAAGUAAUAAAUUUCCUGCAAUAAAGUAAAUGUAUUUAAGGGCCAGAAGAAUGAAUAUGAAUAAAUACUAUAAUCCCAAUUCAAAUUAUAUUUAAAACUACUAAAUUCCUAUUAAAUAUAUCUUCAAUGAGGAGGACGAUAUAGAUACAAUAAUAUCUCUAUUUUGCAAUUCUUAGACUCUCGAUGAAAUUCAUCUGCAAUUUCUUUAUGAUUAUCAAGUUUUAAAAACAAGUCUAAAUCUAAAAUACUUUAAUCCUAUUAUCGUUAUUGAUUAUUCUGACUGCACUCAGCUUGAAUUGCCAGAAAAUUUUAAUGACUUCUUAAAUUUAAUCAACAAAAAUGAACAAUCUCUUGAAAGAUUGUACAUAGGAGGUAUAUAAUUCCAGGAGUAGCAAUUACAAAGCUUAUCAAGGGCUCUUCAUAAGAUAGUAAGAUAAAGAGGCAAACCUCUUGCAUACUUAGAAUACUCUCAUUUUAAUUUAUAUAAUGAGUUUAAUGCUUCUAAGCCUAGUUUUUCAAUUUGUGACAGAUUUUUACUUUUCUGCAAAGAUUUCUUUAACACCUUUUGCGAUUUUAAAGAAGAAGUUUUUAGAGCUUAAGAAGAACAGAACUUGAUUCAAAUUUAGAAUUUUCUUCCAGAAAUAGCAUAAGCAACAGAAACUCUUACUGUAAGAAAUUUGGUUACUCUCAGCUACUACAGAGACUAAAAGUAUGUUGAAAUAAAAAGUUUCGACUAGGAAAAUAUAAUGGAAUUCAGACUUUUUGAUUUACUACAGGGUUUAUAAAUGAAUGAUGUUAGAACAAUAGUCGUAAGAAAUUAGUUAGUUAAAGAAGGAGGGUAAGUUUUACAUCUAAAUUAAAUUAAUCACUUAAAUGAUUAACAAUUCUCUUCUUUCAUGAGAUGCGACUUAAAGAAAAAUUUCCCUUUUUUAGAAAGAUUAGAAGUAGUUUUUGCACCUAGUCCUAAUUAAUUAACAAACUGCCUCAAAUCUUUAUCAAUUAAAUUACUACAAAAUUAAAGAAAAUAACUAAAAAAUGGUAUCAUUAUCUCUCAUGAACAACAAAAAGACUAUGAAGAUGAAAUCGAUAAAGAUCCUAUUGAGAAAGAAUUAAUUGAAAACAAAGGUUGGUAUUUGUUUUAUUUUACUGUUUUUUGGCUAAUUGUUUUAACUGCUUCUGUUAUAAUUCCUUUCUUCUUCACAAACGACUGUGGAAAGGGACAUAGUUAUGUGUCUCAUAUUAUUUUUGCUGGAUUCUGUCUUGUUAGCAUUUUAAUAGAAUUUUCUAUCAUAAAAUAUUCAAUUAUUCCAAACCAAAGACCAAAACUUCUUUCUGGAAGAGAUAAAUCUUGGAGAAGAAGACUCACUGAACAUCUUAAAAAUCAGGGAGAUUUAUAUGCUUUGCUUUUAGUUUCAUUAAUAGGAAAAUUUGAUUUAUAUGCCAACUUUUUAUUUAUCACAAUUACACAUACCUGUAACUAUUGGACAUUAUUCAUAAUUUCGCUUUGCUUUAUAGGAACUAACUUUUUAUUCAAUUUUUCAUAAAUAAUUGGUUUGAUGAGGUAUGUUACAAACUUUUCUGACAAUAUAAAAGAUAAAAAACCUUAUUUGCUUGCUGAUGUUUUUAGUUAAUUAACUAAUUUUUUAAAUAUGUUUGGCAUAAGUUAUAUUAUGGAUUUUAAGGAAGUUAAUGUUUCUUUAUUAUUUUCUAGCUCUUGGAUAGUUCCUGUUAAUAUGUGCUUCACUCUACUAAAAUUAAUCUUUGAUAACUUCCCUAUGCUAGUACUUAAAAUAAUCUUUUUGAUGGAUAAAAAAGUCAGCGAUAAUUUAUAAUAAACGAGCAUUAUUAUUUCAGCUAUUUCGAGUGUAAUUAAUGCCGUUAUAUUUGGUUUAAUACUAGUAAAAAAAUUUGAAGAGUUUAGAUAUUCACUUAAGCCUAAAGGGUCAUUUUGUUGUAUAAAUUAUGAAAGACAAGAUUUAGAGGAAUUUUUGGGUAAGCCAAAGCUAAUGAUUAAAUAGAAAGAUGAAGAAAACCAAGAAGAACUUGAUAAAUCGAUAAUUGAAGAGGAUACAAAUUAAAAAAAUGGUGAUUAAAAAAAAAAUGAAAAGGAAGGAGAUUAAGAUUCAAAAAAGAUAUAAGAGGAAGAAGAAAUAAAAAGUAAUUAAGAGGAAGAUAAAAAAAGUAAUAAAGAAGCUGAUAAAAAAAAUAAUUAAGAUGAAGAUUAAAAGAGUAUAUAAAGUGAUAAAAUUUAAGAAGAUCAACCACUGAAGCAAGAAUAAAAUGAAAAUAAUUAACAAAGCUAAAAUGAAAAAGUCGAAUAAAAAAAUCCUGUUUAAGAACAAAGCAAAGGAAAGAUGCAAUAGCAAGAUUUAAAUAAACCUAUUGUCCCAUAAAAUUAAAAUCCUAAAGAAAUUUAAGCUGAUACUGGAUGCUGUUCUUGUCUUAGCUUUUGUUGUUGUUGUAUUCCAUAAUGUUUAAUAAGAUUCCUUAAAAAUUUAUUUAAAAUUAAGAUUAAAGAUAUUACAUUUUUCUAUGAGAAAGCUAUUUAAGAUUUAGACAUUAGCAUUAGAUUUAGAAUUUCUAUUUAUAAAUUUUACUUAUGGAUCGCAUCAGUUGGAUUCUACUCUCUUUCUUUCAUUUUGCCAUUCUACUUCUAUGAUAACUGUGAAAAUGGAGUUUCACAUAAAAUAUUUUAUAUAUUUAUUGGUGUUUCGUUUUUCAUUACGAUCCUUGAGUAUAAUUUGAUUAAAAAUCUGGUUAGAAACAUGUAUGAAAUCCCCAGAAAGGAAUUUAACUCGUUCCCUUUUGCUUGGGUUGUUAAACUAUUUUUUAGCAUGAUCUUAAAAUCUCUUUUUAUGGUUGAUUUUGUUGUAUUAAUUUAUGGCAAAAAAUGCUUUGAUCAAAGUUUAGUUUUUGAUUUAAUUUUUAUUUCUGUUUGUAUAGUUUUCUUCUUGAGAGCUUUUAAACAGUUGAGAUAUCUAUUUAAACCUUUAUAAACUGACACUUUAUUCCCAGUGAUAACUCGUUUUACAAUCCUUGCCGAUUUAUGCUCUAUGAUGCUACUUCCUAAAUUGGUGUAUCCUUAUUUACCAGAAAGAAGAAUCACUAGAUUAAAGAUACCUGAUAAUCUUAUGACUAGCUUUUUAAAAUUUGUUUUGCAAGACUAUUUAAUGAUUGUCCUUAAUAUAAUUUACUUAAUUUAUAUCCUAUCAAAUGACGAAUCUGAUGGUAACAUAUUUGAAUAUGUAAUUGUAAGUCUUUCUCUUUCAGUAAUUUAAGCAUAUACAACUAUAAAAUGGUGGAGUUGGCCUCUUAAAAUGAGUAAACAAGAGGAUUUAGAGAGAGUGUUUAUUAGAAACGAAGAAAUAGUUAGUUAAACUCAAAAAGAUGAAUAAGAAUACAAUAAGAUUUUAAGGAAUCAUAGAGAAGUAUGCUGUUGCUUAGUACAAAGAAACGGAUGUAUAAGUAAAUGUCUCGGAUUAGAUUGA